AUGGGCGAGAAGCUCCUUCCGGUCACCACCCGCGCGGUUACCCCCCGCGCCGCCUCCGCGGAUCCGUGGGGGCUGCUGCGGUGGGGAAAGUACUGCGGGAACGGCGGGGGGGAUUUAUUGCGCGCCGCGUUUCACAUACUCCCGUUCGCGUUACUCUUGGCUUUAUUCGCCGUCUCCUCGAAUUUCGUCCUUGGCGGCUUUUCGCAACAACCGUUUCGCCAAAGCCUCAUAGUUCCGCUGUCUGUGUCGAAAAUGUCGUCCCCUGCCACCACCUCCGCCGCCGCCGCGGCCGCCGCAAAUCUCGCCGCGCCGGCAGAGGGCGCUUCCAGCAAGUUUUCAGGUGAAGAGGGGUCCGUGUUUGGCGGAUUCGCGGAUCCCGCGGCGGACCGAGCGGAGCUUGGGGAGUCUGCGCAGGGAGCGGAAGUGGCGGAAGCGGAGUCCGCAAAAGCGGAGCUGGAGGGGGUUUCCGCGCGGAAAGCGGAGAUCAAAGAGAGUUCCUCAAAACUAUCGGAGGAGAGCGUAGCGGAUGUGACUGCAAGGAAGGAAAAAGAAAAAAGCACCGGCAGACGCGCAGGAAAGGGGAAGCCUGAGAAGCGAAAGGAGAAGGAAGGACGUCCGAGUGAUACAAACGAACGCGGGAUUCGGGAGGCAGCGGUGGUUGGCGAAAGCGCUUCUAAGGAAGUAUCGUCCAACCAGAGUGGUUCUGAUAACGGGUCGGCUUUUGAGGCGUCCGUUUUCGAGGCUAUUUUCGAGUCGCCUCAAAAUGAGGGUGAUUCUAAGAACAGGUUGGGCGGUGCGAGCCUGGUGGCGACUGACGAGAUUCGGAAUGAGAGUGCGGUUGUUGAGGAAAGUCAGGAAUUGAGUGGCGGUGACGUCGAGGCUGCAUUAACGGUGAAGACACCAAAGGAGGAGGCAUCGACGGGCGGAGAGACCUCUACGGGAGAGGCUACGACGGGGGCGACUGAGACUGUGGGGGAAGCAUCGGCGGAGGGGGAAGCAUCGGCGGUGGGGGGGUCAUCGGCGGGGGAAGAAGUACAGGCGGAGACAGCAAAGCAGCAAGAGGAUACCCUUGUGAAGAGCGCGUUUGUCGCUGUAACGGAGGGCGAUUUUCCGUCUCGCCUCGGCGUCCUCUGCGCCGCUCCGUCAGUUGCGGCGGUUCUCGCGGCGAGAAACGCGGAGGAGCAGGACCAAACCGGGCAGGCGCGAGCAAUGGCGGUGGUCUGGAGGGGCGGGGACGAUCUUUUCGGCGGGCUGCCCGGAAGGGAAGAGAUUCGGAGGUUGUUGGCGAGGAGAGGCAGCGGGGAUGCGGGGAACCAAACAGAGCUACUACAGCAGCAGAGGGAGGAGAAAGAGGGAGCGGUGGAUUCAUGGCCUGAGCUGAGGCUGAGUGACGUUGAGACGGGAGAUACCGGCAGAGAGGGCAUGGUGGAGAUUAAGGUAUCGCUGCGGCCAUGCAGGAACGGCAUUUCGAAUGAACCCGCAGGCACCAUCAGGCUGUGGGUGCGAGACGAGCUUGCAAUGACAGUUGCCAGCAGCGGGAGCUUGGACCUGACCUCCGCCGAGUCCUGCAGCGUAAGAGCCCUAGAAACGGCCUGCUUGGGCGGCUUGCGGCCGUCAGCAGGCGUGGCAGCCAUCAUGCGCGCCCACCCCGCCUCCGCGCUCUCCGCCCUCCCCCACUCCACCGCUGUGUACCUCGAGCGGGGGGCAGCUGCGCCUGGGGGGCACACGUGCGGGGGGUGCAGGGGAAACUCACUGAGGGACUGCACUCCUUCCUCUGCCGCUGAAACUUCACCUGCCGCUGCGGAGUCAAGAGCAGGAGAGGGGAAGGAUGCAAGCUUGGGGAUUGAGGAGGAAAGAGGCGAGGAGGGAAUUGGGGGAGGGGUGGAAAGGAGGCUUAUGAGUGUGAUGAGACGAGGGAGACGACUGCUGGGUGAUGGGGAGAGUGUUGGUGGGGAGGGUAGUGGAGAGGAGGGUAAGGGAGAGGAGAGUGGGGCUGUGGAGAGUGGUGAGAGCGCAGCGAGUGAAGGGGAAGGCAGCAGCGCAAGCACACGUGUAAGUGAUGGCAGCCCGAGUGGUGGUAGCAGCACAGAAAGCAGCACAGAGGGCAGCGCAGAGAGCAGUAAGGGCGAAGCAGAGAGCACAAGCUGGGAAGCAGUACAAGCGGAAAUGGCUCUGAGCAUGCUGAAGGCGCGGGAGGAGAGUGGCGAGGAGAAGAGCAGCACAGAGAGCAGUAGGGACGACUCAGAGAGCGCAGAGGAACAGAGCACAGAGGCAGUGCAGACGGAAAUGGCUCUUAGCAUGCUGAAAGGGCGCGAGAAGAGCGGCGAAGGGGAGGGCGGCGAGGGGGGGGGCGGCAAGGGGGGGAGUGGUGCUCUGAGCGCGGAGGCACCGAGUGCAGAAGCAGAGAGCACAGAAGCGGUGACUGCAGAAGCAGUGAGUGCGGAGGCCCUGAGCGCGGAAGCAGUGCAAGCAGAAAUGGUGAUGGGGAUGCUCAAGGGGCGCGUGGAGAGCGGCGAGUGGAGCUGCUUGCAGCUGCAGGUGGCGGAGGCGUGGGUGGUGUCGGCAGCAGCGGCGCUCAUCCACACUCGCGCGUCUCUCGAGGCCCGAUUCCUCCGAGCCCAGGCUACUGCCGGCACUGCCCGGGGGAUCCUAGGGUUGGGGGAAAAGGGGAGGGCUGGGGAGAGGAGGCUGGGGGAGAGGGGGAGCGGAGGUGGAGGGGAGGGGAGUGGAGGUGGAGAGGAGGUGAGCGGAGAGGCAGGAGGAGUGGUUGCGCUUGCGAGUGCGAAUGUGGCGGGGUUGGUCCCGUUCAAGGUGCAUCCGAGUGUGUGUGACUCGCGAGCCCCCACGCCCUUUGUCAACCGCCGCUACCUGCAGCAACUCCUCGUGGAUGAGCAACUCAAGACAGUGUAUUGCUUUGUGCCCAAGGCGGGAUGCACGGGGUGGAAGGUGUGGUUCCGGCAGCAGCAAAACCGCCCCAACGCUACAGAUGCGUGGAUAGCCCACGACCCAAAGCACUCGGGGCUGAAGCUGCUGGCAUUUGACAUGCAGGAGAGAGAGUUCUCGUUCGUGCGUAACCCGUACACGCGGUUACCAUCCGCCUACCUCAACAAGCACGUGGGAGGGGGCCCUCCUCACGACCACGAGUACUGGAACUCCCGCUUCUUCCACAACAUCGCUCCGUACUGGCAGCUGCUGGGUCUGACUUGUUUGACUUUCUUGACCCCCUUCAACCUGCCCCCUUGCCCACCCUUCCCCCUCUUCCCCCCUCCCUCCCUCCUUCAGGUGAUCCAGUUUCUGACCCGCCCCGACUACUUCAAGUUCACGUUCGUGCGUAACCCGUACACGCGGUUACCAUCGGCGUACCUGAACAAGCACGUGGGGGGAGGUCCUCCUCACGACCGCGAGUACUGGAACUCCCGCUUCUUCCACAACAUUGCUCCGUACCGCCAGCUGCUGGACCGCAACAAUGGUUCUGACUUGUUUGACUUUCCUGACUUUGUGGAGCUGACGUGGCACAUGGAGAAGAGCAGGCGGAGCAUCAUGGACGCUCAUAUCAUGCCAGAGGUAGGCGCUGGGUUGGGAGUGGUUGACUGGGUUGACUUGCUUGACUAUGUGGAGCUGAUGUGGCACAUGGAGAGGAGCAAGAAUGGCCGAGUGGGUUGUUUUGAAAAGUAUGAGCAUGCCGUGCCAUUAGAUACGAUUAUGUGA